AUGAUACCUCAUUUAACAUUUGAGAGUGCCAAGAAACCUAUUAAAGUGUCCUGUGGGGGCAACCACUCGCUUGUGUUGAUGGAGGACGGCCAGCUUUGGGCGUCAGGAGACAGUCGACAGGGCCAGUUUGCUAGUAAAGAUGGGAAGUGUACAUAUAAUUGGACGCAGAUCCCGGGGGAGUUUCAAGACGUUGCUUGUGGGUGGGAUUAUUCGGUCGUCAUCGAUAUACACGGCAAUGUGCUUACGUGUGGGGCGGGACUAAACGGCGAGUUGGGGCUUGGCCAUAUAAAAUGCAGUUCGUCCUGGAGGCGGGUCACCACAUGUUUAAACAACAGCCGUGCAGUACACUCAUCCUUCCAGAAUGUGGUACUACGAGACGGCAACAAACUAUUUGGAUGGGGGCCCAACCGCAAGGGCCAGCUAAAGGAACCAAAAACAAAGGGCUACGACACUCCAAAGCUUAUAUACGAGGGCAAAGAUAUCACCCAAGUCACUAUGGGCAAGGACUUUAUCGCAAUUAUCGACGCAGGCAAGCUCGUUAUUUCAGGCACUAUGAAAGAACGCAUCAAUGAUAUAAUUCGCGACGUAUCCUCCGAGGAGAUUGUAAAGAUAGCCGCUAUGUGGUCCUCCUUGCAUAUCUGGACCAAGGGCGACAUAUUCUCCUAUGGCAAUGGCAACUACGGCCAGAUGUUCACAUGGGACCGUCCUUCAAACAUGACCCAUUUCACCACAGGCAGCGAACAUGGCAUAAUGUCCCUAUCCAACGGGCGCGUGUUCUGCUGGGGCUGGGGCGAGCAUGGCAAUUGCGGACCCUCCACUACAAAGUUCCUGGAGGAUUCGUCUCCAUUCAACGACAAGAGCAACAUCGUCAGCACUUUGAACUGUGUUCUAGAAACUACAGAAAAGAUAAUCUGGCUACAAGGUGGCUGUGCCACUUCCUGGAUAUGUACAAAAUGUUAA